AGAUCAGAGUUCUGAAACAUGAAAACCAAACUCCUCCAUUUAUCAAUCUCCUUCUUUACCUUCUCAUCGAUCUCUCUCCUUCUCUUCUUGAAUCCGGCAGCAUCCGAUCCACAAACCAACCUCCUGAUAAGAGCUUGCAGCACCUACAAUGCCACCAACCGCCUCGCCUUCUUCUCCAAUCUCAACGGCACCUUCUCCGACCUCCGUUCUCAGCUCAAUUCAACCCACUUCGCCACCGCAGUACGGGCACAGGUCUCGGACCCGGUCUACACUCUCUUUCAGUGCAGGAACUACCUCUCGACCUCCGAUUGCUUGUCAUGCUUCUCCGUCGCCACGGCCCAGAUCAGGAACUGCUCUGCGGCGAACGGUGCGAGGAUCAUCUACGAUGGAUGCUUUCUGAGGUACGAGAGCAAUAAUUUCUUCGAUCAGACGACGCAGCCAGGGAAUUCUGGGUUUUGCGGGAAUCAGACGGCUGCGAAAGCGGUUGGGUUUAAUCAGACGGCUGAGAAGCUGCUGACGGAUCUUUAUGUGGCUACGCCGAGGAUUGGGGGUUACUGGGCGGCUGUGAGGAGGGAAGGGGUGGGGGGUGCUGUAGUGUACGGGGUGGCGCAGUGCGCACUGACGGUGAGUGAGGUGGGUUGUGGGGAUUGCUUGAGAGUGGCUUAUGGGAAUAUACAGAACUGUCCGCCAGAUGGCGAUGGGAGGGCCAUUGAUGCUGGGUGUUUCUUGAGGUAUUCAGACACGGCCUUCUUCAGCGCUAAUCAGACGGUGGAUCUUGCACGUUACUUGCGAGGAGAUUCGAGCAAGAAGAAAGCUAUCAUUGGAGGUGUCGUAGGAGGAGUUGCAUUCGUUCUCUUACUCGCUCUGAUUUUGUUUCUAUUCAUUCAACGAUCUUCAGAGACGGGAAAGACUCACCAAGGAGAUAUAUUAGGGGCGACCGAGCUGCGUGGUCCAGUGAACUUUCGUUACAAAGAUCUCAAAUCUGCGACCAGAAAUUUCAGUGAUGAAAAUAAACUAGGUGCAGGUGGUUUCGGAGAUGUAUACAAGGGUGUUUUGAAAAAUGGUAAAAUAGUAGCUGUGAAGAAACUCAUAAUAGGCCAAUCCGACAGAGCAAAGGCGGACUUUGAGACUGAAGCUAAGCUUAUAAGCAAUGUCCAUCAUCGGCAUCUCAUUCGUCUGCUGGGAUGCUGCAAGAAAUACACAGAAUUGCUGCUUGUUUACGAAUACAUGGAAAAUGGCAGCCUCGACAAAUACUUAUUUGGUGACAGUCGUGGAACACUGAAUUGGAAACGACGGUUCAACAUAAUCCUUGGCACAGCCCGUGGACUUGCAUACCUGCACGAAGAGUUUCAUUCCUGUAUCAUACACAGAGACAUAAAGUCCAGCAACAUACUGGUUGACAAUGAUUUCCACCCCAAGAUAGCAGAUUUCGGGCUUGCACGGCUUCUUCCAGAGGACCAGAGUCAUCUCAGCACCCAAUUCGGAGGAACCUUGGGUUACACUGCACCUGAGUACGCGAUACAUGGUGAGCUAACUGAGAAGGUGGACACAUACAGCUAUGGAGUCGUUGUCUUGGAAAUCAUAAGCGGAUUAAAGAGUAAUGACUUGAGGCGUGAACCCACCAAACAAUAUCUUCUUGAAUGGGCAUGGAAUGUGUAUGAGAAUGGGACUGUGAUGGAGUUGGUAGACGAGAACUUAGACCCAAAUGAGUACGAUGCAGAGGAAGUUCAAAAAGUUAUAGAAAUAGCUCUCAUGUGCACCCAGUCCUCCGUAGCUUCCAGACCAGCCAUGUCUCAAGUUGUGAUUUCUUUGCUGAGCCGAGUACAGACCGCCCAUGAACUGACUCGGCCCACCUUCAUCGACGUCUCUAACCGAGUUCAAAGAGCUACGUCCAUCUCUUCUGGCUCAUCGGCAAACGAUACCAGACUGUCCAUGUCAUUCUCACCCACAGUGUGACAUUGCAACACACCAGUGGUUGAAUAAGAUAUGGUGCUGGAACAUGCGUGCCGCUGUAGAUUGUGGCCAACAUGAAUGGUGAUCGGGACUGCUGAUGUACUAUGAAAUUAAAUAAUUUUUUCAGUAUUUCCCUGUUGUCACAUUUUCACAUGUUCUUCUUUUGCUCUAUCACGUCUUAAGGCCAGAUUGGCUUCCCAAGAUCC